CACUGACAACGGUUUUUGUCCUGAACCGAUCUAAAAAGCCUCUAACAGAGUCAACUGACGCGCGCCCUUCAGGGUUGAAUUCAUUGAACUUUAGGCUCGGAUUGUGGCCUCUUGAGCCUCCGAGGUCGGGAUCAUGGCCGAAAUACAGAUCGGACAGAAGGUCAAGUGCUCCAAUUGCACCGAGGACAUCUUCUCCGUGUUCCAAGUACUGAUCCAAUGCACGGUGUGCAGUCCCCAACUUAAUUUGUGUCCGGAUUGUUUUGCCCUGAAUUGUGAUAUCGGGCAACAUCAAGGCGAUCACCCCUACAAGGUCGUAGACAAUGGAGGAUUCACCGUACUUGGAAAAGAUAGUUGGACUGCUAGAGAAUACUUGCACUUACUGGACAGUGUCGAGCAAUACGGAUGUGGCAAUUGGGAAGAUGUGAGCCUGAAAAUCAAGAAACUUGAAGGAGCCUCGGUGAAGAGAUGUCCCGAAGAUGUUCAAGCUGAAUUCUGCCAAAGAUUCAUAGACAGCACUCUUGGUAAACGAACGUGGAAUGAGGAGCUCCGAGGACAUGCCCGGGAUCAUACCCAAUGCAAUAUCGUCCCUCCGGCUUCGUCUCAGGGUGUUGGUCCUGAAACCCCAAAUAAUAUCUCUUUACAUGAGUCCAUCAUGUUGGGUUACAUGCCCAAGAGAGAUGAUUUUGAGGCCGAGUUUGAUAAUCACGGAGAGUCGUUGGUAUCGCAAUUAAACGAUCCAACCCCAGAAGAGGAAGACCUUGAUCUCAGCCUGAAAGUGGCACAUAUUGAAUUGUACAAAAAUAAAUUGCGAGAACGCGAGCGACGGAAAAAGGUGGCCCGUGAGCAUCAAUUGAUCUCUCAAUUCUUCAAAGAAAACCCUGUGAUCAAUGAGAGGAAAGUGAGUUUUUCCAAGAAGAGAAAGGACAAGAACGAUCUACUUGAGCGCUUGAAGAUCGUUUCCGAAUUUCAAACUGUAGAUGAACAUAAAGCCUUCAUGAGAACCGUCGCCAAAGAACGAGAAAUCAAGCAACGGAUCAAAGAGUUACAAAGAUUCCGCAAGAAUGGCAUUGUCAAGCUGAAGGAUAGUCAUGAUUUCGAAAUCCAACGAUUGAAACGGAUUCGUCGCAAGAAAGAGCUCAAUAAACGUGCUGAUCUCGGCUGUGAUUCUCCCAUAUCGAUCAAGAGCGAAGAUCUAAGCAACGGCGCCUCUCCCAUGAUGUUCAAUCAGUCAGCUCACUCUCCCAAACCUCCUGAUGAAAAGGCAACAUCCAUCAAUGGAUUACCUGGUUUUGAUCUACUUUCUGUCAAUGAGCGGAGAUUGUGCACUAAUCUCAAGUUGACGCCCGCUCAUUAUAUUAGUUACAAGACUUGCCUACUUACUCAUCAUCUUCAAAAGAAGAAAGGUCAGACCCCGAAGCCUUUGAAUCCUGCAGGAUUGGACAAAAACAAUCGGAAGAUCAUCUUCCAAUUCCUCAUGAGAGCGGGUUGGAUCACUGCCUAUUAAACGUCUACAAUUGUCAUAUCAUAACACAAAGAAAUCAUGGUUUUGUACGAUUUUCACCCAAAUCCUCACCCUCCUCCCCAAGAAGAAACCAAACUUUACAUUGUCAAAUUGAAUUUGGCAAACGGUCCAAAUUACAUUCCCUAAGUAAUUACAAGGAAUAUUCUCCAGACAUAAACUUGUCCAUUUAUUGCGUUGCAUUUCCCGAUGAAGGAACUGAAAUCGGCAAAACUAUGUUAUCUUCUGAACUCUUCGGGAACAAAGAGUCAUCUUCAAAUUGUUUGGUAAGAUUGGAUCUGCCUCCCAAUUCUAAAGGUUGCGUGAGGUCUGUGUGAUUCCUCCCCGCAUUGAUAACCACAGGCACGAUCGAAAUAUUGGAGUUAGCCAAACCAGACCAAUCAUCUCCACUCACAUGGAAUGGUGUUUGAUCCACAAUAACGGUUACAGGAGGAACGCUCACAUUAAAUGCCAAUUCUGGUAGGAAUUGUAGACUUUCUCCUACUCCAGAGGCCACUUCUUGUUCCCAAGCUAAGAAAUCAUUGAGGGUCAGAUUUCCGUCUUCAAGUUGGGACAAGUGUCGAAGUGCAUUGAGUCAGUGCACAACGUGGCACGCACGAGGGUGCCAAUCACCGCCAAACAUCGGUAGAAAAGGACUUCGUUAGUACUACCAAAAGAUAUCGGAGAUCGGAAGUGAGAAGCCAAGCAAGUGAUCGAGAAACAACCUUCAAUACCAGAAUCAGGUGAGGUACUAAUUGAACUUCCGGCAAAUGGACUUCAAUCUCUCUAGACCAAACGACCAAAACCUGGUUUGGAAUGGUUUGGGACAAUAGUCUCCUUUUGUUGCGUCUUUCAUUCAAGCACGGUUUGACCAACUGUUAUUGAACGUACAUACAGGGGGCUGUAGGAAAAAGACGAUGAUGAUGAUGAUGGUGUGCUUGUGGUUUUGGAAGUACUCGUGGAAACAGAGGAGAGGCUCUGUCGACGUGGAAGAGCAAGCUUGACAGACGAAAUCUGCUCAACCGACAACGCUCCUCAAGCAGGUUGGCAGUCCAUGGAGCUUCUUCGCUCCUAAGUCAUACGAAGGAAGGUACAUGCACACAAGUGUCUUGAACUCUAAAGGAGUCUGGAUUGCAAGGCAGUUUGGAACCACAGGUGAAAUCUCGAAACAGCUUUGCUGUCUUGAACAUCUCUCAGCCAUUGCUGGGAAUCCAUCCACCAGAAGCCACAUGUCUUGCUCCCAGUUCGAAUCCCGACGCAACCCUGCCGUCCAUACAACCCUGCAGAGUGGGUCGACAAACUCCACAUCAUAACCACUUUGCGCAUAGGUGAAGGACCCGCCGACCGACAGAGCUAUGACUGGUUCAGUUACGAAGGUGACUCGUUUUCCAACGUGUGUGUGAGAGUGAGCGCCUUGCGAUUACAAGCAGGAAUUUCUCCGUCCGUUCAUCCACAGUAAAAAGUUCAGUGACAUCUCGGCUCCCGAGCAAUCCACCAUGCCACUCGGUUCGUUAUCAAACAACCUUCAAUCCUAAUUGAAAAGAAGCCUUGAAAGUGAACGGUGGAAUUGGAGGUUGGAACUCGUGGUCCGAAGAGAAACUUGGAGGGCAGCAAACAAGCCACCAAUCAAGGAACCAACCAACCAACCAACCAACCAACGCAAGCCAAGUCAAUCUACACAUACGUACAUUUCCAAAGAGGGCCCGGGAGUGGUUUCACCUUGCACAAAUACACAUCCUCUGUCUCACACUCACACACACAUUCACCCACACUCACCCACACGCACACGCUGUCUUUCUUGUGCAAAGACACGUACGAACAAGUUCUCCGCUGGAUUAGUUGGAUGCCCUCAUUUGGCUCCUCAGGCACGACGAAAGUCCGAAGAAGUAACGGUACCUAAACCCACAUAGGAAAAGUUUGCAAGAUUAGCAUCACCUUCAUCAGUAUCGCCAGUCCAUUGAACAUUCGUCGGUCGGUGAGAGUGCGGCUUCCAAAUCAAGAGCUCCUUCAAGAUGUUGCACCAAAAGGCAAACAACGCGGACAAUGUUCCACUUGUGAGAUCCUUGAAAUUGUCAUUCCAGACUCAAUCCUCGGAGAAGCAUCCGACACCUCCUCUUCCGGAAGGAUUGAGUGUAGAGCACAACCAGAAAGUCCACCCUCAUUUAGUGCUAUUUCGAGUGUUCCUGGUGAUUUAUCAUCUGUCAAAUUGGCUCAAGAUCAUGCAGACCUCGGGUCAUAGUCGGCAACAAUGGGAAGAACUAGAAUGAAUUCCGGAGUUUCUGCCAAUCCUCAUAUCUGUGAUAAAUGAGUUAUUCUGGGAGUUUCUCAGAAUAAAGAAGAUAACAUUUUUUGUAUCGGA